AUGGUAGUGCAGCGUCGACCAAUGGAUGUCGAGGCUGAAUUGCCUACAGCUGUCUAUGCACUUAAUCUACAACGUGUAAGUCAGUUGCUGUGCAUUCCCGAGUCGGAGUUGCUCUCAGGUUUUCAAGCAGAUCCGACACGUUCCGAGAUUCAGGGCGUGAUUGUCGAUGCAGGUGGGAACGUCCCGUUUGAGACUGUAGGACACGAUGCCAGCAGCAUUUUAUCAUCAGAUCAAGUAACAGUGGACGUCCAUGAGGCUCAAUGUGAUCGUUCUCGCUCCAAUUUGCUGCCUCCAUUGUCUCUUGGCCGUUCUACAGCUACCGCUUCAUUGUCCGUGACGCCCCUAUCACGACGCCCAGCAGUGCGUCAAGUUUUACUUACUGCAGCAGUACGACCGAGUAGUCUGGACGAGAAUCAGAGACCCAAGUGUCUGAUUCAAUUGGGACACCAGACGAUCAUCAGUCACAUUCUCACGCAGCUCUAUGCUGCUGGUGUAGAACGUGUCGUGGUCUCUGUGGCUGCAGCAGGUGGUCUGAUUAUGGCUGCAGUCAAGCAGACACCGUUUUACACAAAGAUGAAUAUUGAGUUUCUAGACUUGGGAAGGGACAAUAAUGACGGACAUGCACGCUCGAUCCUGGCAGCCAGGAGCAUCUUUCCAGGCCCAGAGCCGUUCCUUAUCCAUACUGCUGACCAUAUUUUUGAUAAGUCCGUCAUGUCGAAGCUAUCUGCGUGUCCACUUGGUGACGCGGUCGCGUGUGUGCUUGUGGAAACGGACAUUACCGAGUUGACGGGUCUACCACGGACAACCGUUAAGGUGAAGAUUGAUAAAGAUCACCAGCAUGUGACGCACAUUGGCCGUGACCUGGAGAUCUACGACGGGAUCGAUGCUGGACUGUUCUUGAGCUCACCCGACAUUUUCGAUGCGUUAAAGGCACUUGCUGAAAAGAAACGUUAUUUCUCGCUCGCUGAAGCGCUCGAUAGCUUUACCUCGAAAUUUUCUGAGGAAAAGAAUUCAAACAAAGGCCGGCUCAUCUACCUCCCGACUGCUGGAGAAACGUGGUUUAGUAUCGAAACGGAAGAGCAGUUAGCGUAUACGCAAGACACCGAUGGUACGGCUGUCUUGUCCCCCUGGACGGUCUUCUUGGCCUCAACGCCUGUUGGAGACCCGUCACUUACGAAAAAUGUGGUUAUCGGAGUAUCAGCGUCAAACCCAGACUUGUCCCUUCGUGUUGCUGGCAAUACAGACAACUCGAAGCUCUUUGAGGGUUUUGUGGUGGGUGUAGGCAAUUCGGAUUAUCCAGAGGAUGAAGAUGAAGGGAUUGAUGUAUGUGUGGAGGGUGCCACCCCUCGAGAUACUUAUGAUUCGGAGUCUCGACCUCUUUUGUCGUUCAGUGCGCGGUCGAAAGGACUGCGAUCAAACUACUCUGCGCGAUCUCCCUUUUCCGCCCGUUCGUAUAUGGAUAGUAAGGGCUCCGCUUUUGAAAAUGAUGAAUUGUCGCCCUUUGUGUUGUCCUUCCCCAUGGAUGACGAAACUCUCAAGACGGUGGGGGAGGAAGUCAACUCAAACCAUCGCGCGUACCUGAUUGAAAUGACUCCGGGCGAUCCUUCUGGCGUUUUGCCUCCUGGAGCCGGUUUGUCCGAGUUCUUGCUAGCUGUGCCUGGCAAACAUGAGCUAAAUCAUGAUGAGGAUGAAGCCUCUAUUGAAGGGAGUCUAGUGACUCCACGGACAACAAUGGCAUCGCUUCACACGGCGACGUUUCUGCCAUCGGAUAUCACACAAAUCUCAUUGAACACACGGGGAUAUGACGAAAAUCUUGAAGUUACAGUUGUGGUGAAGCGUGAGGCACCAAUCAUCGGCUACAUUUUGCUUCUGUCGUCCCUAUUUACAAUAUCGUCGGUGGGCGUUGCUCUGGAUGAGGUCGAUCAUGUCGUUACACCCGUGAUUCGUAUUUUCUGGCGGAAUAUGGCCACGUCAAUGGUCACAUUACCCUUUGCACUAAUGAUUCUUUUUCGCGGCCGAGACGAACCUGGUGACUUGCAUUGGAAGGAUCUGGUUCCUUCUAUUGUUGCAGCCGGCAUAGCGUACGCAUUCUUUCUCGGAUCGUUUGUUUUGGCGCUGUCAAUAACGUCAGUCGGCCAUGCCACGCUAUUUAACAACGCGCACUCAACACUGCUUGUGUUUUGGAAGCUUGCCCAGCGGAAGCCCGUAGCUCCGCUUGAGGCUUUGGGUGCUGCUAUAGGUGUUGUUGGCGGUGGUGUUACUACAAUGGACACGACCACGGGAGGCCCCGACAUUGUGUCGCCUUCUUUGGCUGGAGACCUUAUAGCACUUGCUGGCGCCGCUGGAGGAGCACUUUACUUCAAGCUGGCCAAAAAGGUGCGCCCACAUAUGCAUCUGCUUGUGUUUCUAUGUGGCCUCACAGCCACAUCGGCCGUAACGCUGCUGGUGUACAUGCUGAUUUCGGGCCAAGACCUGAGUCUGUCAACCGAUCCAUAUAAUGGUGUUUUUGGGUGGUUGACCCCAUCCGUUAACCGGCUGGUGGUGGUGGUCUACCUUGUCUUCAUUUGCGAUUGUAUUGGCACAAUGGGUUACAUUGGCGUGAUGAAGUACUUUGACCCAAUUGUGGUGUCGGUGGUUUGUUUAAUGGAGCCCAUCGUUGCCACAGCACAGGGCAUCGUGAUGCGCGUUGAUACCAUACCUGGACCAUUUACUUUUGUGGGCGCUGCCCUCGUUAUUGGCGGCACUGCCCUCGUGCUUCGCUCGCAAAGGUGCAAGACGGAGAAGGUGGAUGCCACAGAAGCCGUUCUAGCGUCGAACGCUACUCCACGUGCAAUGUAUAGUACGCGCUCGCGAAAGAGAACGCCUCGAUACGGCAGCACGCCUCACUAG